AAGAUGAGUGCUAUCAAUUCACAGGAUGAUGAAGACACUUUCAAAAUACUUAUUGCUACUGAUAUUCAUCUUGGCUAUAUGGAGAAGGAUCCAGUGCGUGGAAAUGAUACAUUUGUGACUUUUAAUGAAAUUUUGGAGCAGGCUCAAAAAAAUGAGGUGGACUUUAUUUUGUUAGGUGGAGACCUUUUCCAUGAUAACAAACCUUCCAGGAAAACGAUGCACUGUUGUGUGGAGUCGCUGAGAAGAUACUGCAUGGGGGAUCGUCCUGUUCAGUUUGAGAUUCUGAGUGACCAGGCAGUUAAUUUUCAGCACAGCAAGUUUCCAUUGGUGAAUUAUCAGGAUCCAAAUCUAAACAUUUCUAUUCCAGUUUUUAGUAUUCAUGGCAAUCAUGAUGAUCCCACAGGGGCAGAUACACUGUGUGCCCUGGAUAUUUUAAGCUGUGCAGGAUUGUUGAAUCACUUUGGACGUUCAUCUUCUGUGGAGAAGAUAGAUAUUAGUCCCAUUUUGUUGUGUAAGGGUAGAACAAAAAUUGCCCUGUAUGGCUUGGGCUCUAUUCCUGAUGAGAGGUUGUAUCGUAUGUUUCUCAAUAAGAAAGUAACCAUGCUGAGACCAAAGGAAGAUGAAGAUAGUUGGUUUAACUUGUUUGUGCUUCAUCAAAAUAGGAGCAAACAUGGAGCUACCAACUACAUUCCAGAGCAGUUCUUAGAUGAUUUUAUCAAUCUGGUUGUGUGGGGUCACGAGCAUGAGUGCAAAAUAGAUCCGUUCCCAAAUGAACAGCAACGUUUCUAUGUUUCUCAGCCAGGAAGCUCAGUGGUGACAGCUCUGUCUCCUGGAGAAGCUGUGAAGAAACACAUUGGUUUGCUGCGUGUUAGAGGGAAAAAAAUGAAGAUGCAGAAGAUUCCUCUGGAGACAGUGCGAACUUUCCACAUGGAGAACGUUGUUCUAGCUGAUCAUCCAGAUCUGUUUAAUCCUGACAAUCCUAAAGUAACUCAGGCAAUACAAGCAUUCUGCAUGGAAAAGGUCGAGCUGAUGUUGGACAGCGCAGAACGAGAACGCUUGCUAAAUCCACGCCAGCCAGAGAAGCCUCUCAUACGAUUACGAGUUGAUUAUGCAGGUGGCUUUGAACCCUUCAGUGUCCAUCGUUUCAGCCAGAAGUACAUGGACAGGGUGGCCAACCCAAAAGACAUCAUACACUUUUUCAGGCAUCGGGAACAGAAAGAGAAAAAUGACAGCGAUAUUAACUUUGGAAGGCUGGUUGCCAGACCUGCUUCUGAGGGGAUGACACUGAGGGUGGAAGACCUUGUAAAGCAGUAUUUUCAGACAGCAGAGAAGAAAGUGCAGCUUUCAUUGCUGACUGAAAGAGGAAUGGGAGAAGCAGUGCAGGAGUUUGUGGACAAAGAAGAAAAAGAUGCCAUAGAAGAGCUGGUGAAAUUUCAACUAGAAAAAACACAGAGGUUUCUGAAGGAGCGUCGCACUGAGGCAGAGGAAGAAAAGAUAGAUGAGGAGGUACGAAAGUUCAGAGAGAGUAGGAAAAAGAACACUGAAGAAGAGGAUGAGGAAGUUCGUGAGGCAAUAACCAGGGCUAGGGCACACAGAUCCGAGGAUGCCGUUCUUGGGGCAGCCUCCAGUGAUGAAGACAUGGACACAAGUAUGAAAGGCACUGGUGAUUCAGAUGAUAGCCUUCCUGCAACACUGACCAAGGGAAGGGGUCGGGCGAGAGGUAGGGCAAGAGGGGCAAGAGGACAAAGUUCAAGAGGUUCAUCUCGGCGGGGAAGAGGAAGCACUGGCCAAGAGUCAGCUACUAGCAGCAGAACCUACAAGCCUGUGUCUGUGCCUUCCAAGAAUAUGUCUAUCAUGGAUGCCUUUAGGUCUUUCAAACCAGAGGCCUCCUUGAAUUCAUCUAAAGCUUACUCCGAGGAAAUUAUAGAUGAUGACUCUGAUAUAGAAGAGAUUUCUAUUGCCCCUUCUUCCAGAGUAAAUAAAAGGUUGUCCACUACAGCUUCAUUUAGUAAAAGACCUUCACAAAUCCAAACAUCUAGAGGAGUUGAUUUUGAGUCAGAUGAGGAGGAAUUCGAUCCGUUCAAAAGCACAAGGACAUCAAGAAGAGCUAAGUGAUUCCUGGCUCGCUGUACAGGAGAGAGACUCUGGAAGUUAGUGAAGAAAAUGGGAAGCAGUUUGCAAGGCAUUCUCUCUGUGACAUCUCUCUGUUUGCCUCCUGUUUUCACUCCUAUGAAACAUUUUUGGUUUGGGCUUGGUUUUCUUUUUCAGUGACCCCAGAUUGGCUAUCACUCAGGUAUUGCACUGCUCUAUGCAUUAGACUGCACUCUCUUACAUUCUGAAGUACAGCCCAAAGCUGCAGGUUCUUCCUAAUGCUUCUGAAAGUUCUCUUUUCUUUCUGGGCUGAUAAUGUAAAUAACAGUCAUAUGUUUUAUAGACUACUCUAUCUCUUGGUCUUGAGCUUUGCAGAGGAGUAAAUUUGUAGUAGUAUGGCUGGAUGGAUAUGGACAUGGACUUGGUCACCAUAAUCAGACUUGUACUUAUGUACAAUUUUCUACAAAUGCAGUUGAAGAUUCCAAAGAGGAAUGGUUUCACCCCAAAAUACAGUUUCCAGUGCUGAAGCCAGAAAACUCUACUAGGAGAAUUAAAUCUGUUCUUGCAGUGUUAUUAAACAUUACAGCAUAGAAGAAUAAACUCUGCUCUCUGAUUCAGGAAGUGCCAAAGAUGUCAGUUUGAAUUGUCUUGUCAGUUUUCACCCUGGAGCUAAGGUAGUUGUAAGGCCUAAAACCCUGGAGCUUCACAAGGACUGCUGUUUGAAGAAGAAAGCAUUGGAGCCAGAAAUAGGCAGGACAUUACCUCUUACCAUUUUUCUUAGUUAACAGAUGUGAUGGGUUGACUCUGGCUGG